AUUAAGAUAAUUUAAAUAUGAAGUACCUAUGAAUGCUGUUGCAAUUUCACCAUUAUUCAAUUCUGAUCAAAAACAAAAACCUCAUUUAAUAGUUGCUGGUGGUAUUCCUGCUAGAGAAACUGCCAGAACUAAAUUUUAAGGAUUUGAUAUACAUAUUUGUAAUGUUAUUUAUGAAGAAGAGGUUGGAAAAUUGUUAAGUAUAUACUUUUAUAUCUCUUUAAUAAGAUCCCAAUUAAAUUGGACCAAUCAAUGCAUUAGCAUUCUUCCCUGAUGGAAAAGGAUUUAUUACUGGAGAGGAAGGUGGAUAUUCAAGAGUUUAUAAAUUUGAUUAAACUUAUUGGGAAAAUGAUUUAUUCAAAUGA